GCGCCGCCCGGCCGCGGAUGUAGCCCGCGGUCGCGCCGGAGCGAGCGCCUGCGAGCGUGUGCGCAAGACGACCGUGCGCCUCGGCGGGGUCGGAGUCGCGCGCCGGGAUGCGGCUGAGGAUCCCGUCUCUGGCGCCCGUGCAGGAGGAGGUGGCGCGCACGGUGCCGCCGUCGGGUCGGCGCUGUCACGUGGUGCUGCCAGACCAGCGCCGGUUCGAGGUCUCCGUCCAGCUGCGGCUGCUGACCUCCGAGCUGGCCGACAUCGUCGCCUCUCACUGCUCGCUUAAGGAGCGCAAGUACUUCGGCGUCGCCUAUCGUGGAGAUACCGGCGAGAACCAGUGGCUGCACCCGGACGUGCGCGUGCUGGAGCAUGACCUGCCCCGGGGCGGCCCGCUCGUCCUGCACUUCUUGGUCCGGUACUACCCGGAGUCGUUUACACUGCUGCGGGAUCCCGUGGCCGUUGAGCUGUUCUACCAGCAGGCCAAGAGCCGCGUCUUCAAGGGGGAGCUGGAGACAGAGGGCGAGGGCGACGCCAUCUUCAAGCUCGCCGCCCUGGCCCUGCAGGCCACGCAUGGCGACUACGUGGAUGACGCCAGCACGCGCCAGCUGCUGAAGCGGACGGCCCUGCUGCCGGCCAGCGUUGUCAAGCUGCACCCGUCGCUGGGCAUGUGUGAGGAGCGCGUGAUCGAGGAGUACCGUCUGCUGACCGGCACGGCCCGCGGCACCGCCAUCGUCACGUACCUGAGUCAGGCCGAGCGACUGCCCACCUACGGCGUGCACUUCUACCGCGUCACCGACAAGAGCUGCAACAACGCCUGGUGGCUGGGCAUCUCGACGCUGGGCAUCGCGCAGUACGACAUCGCCGACCGCGGCAAGUCGCGCCGGCUGUUCCAGUGGAAGCAGUUGGAGAACGUCACGUUUCGUGACGGGCGCUUUUCGAUCGAAGUAGACGAGCCCAAAAAAGUGGUGCAUGCGCUGAGCAGCUUCAACGUGUACGAGGACGCCAUCGGCAACGACACGUCUGGAGACGACCUGGUCACGGCCAUCUCCGACCCCUGCACCCAGGUGUCCGUGAGCCGCCGCACGCUCGGGCCGGGACACAUCAGCGUCUACUCGUGGUUCGCCGCCUCCCAGACGGCAUGCCGCAACAUCUGGUUCACGGCCGUCUCGCAGCACCAGUUUCACGUCGAGGGCAAGAAGGAGUCCAGGUCGGGUCUGCAGGCGGCGCGCGCGCUCUCUGAGAUCGCGCGCGACCUGAGCCGCUCGUCGGCGGCACUCUCGGCGGUCGGCAGCAGCUCGUCGCUGAGCAACAGCGGCUCCCUGCAGUCGCUGGCGGUGAGCAGCCUGACGGACGACUCGGAGCAGCAGGCCGCGCGCAUGGAGAUGUGCGCCGCGCUGCAGGCGCGCCGCGACGCGCUGGAGGCCAAGCUGGCCGAGCGGACGGCCGAGCUGCGGCUGCUCUGCCUCAAGGAGGCAGAGCUGACCGGCCAGCUGCCGGCCGAGCUGCCGCUGGUGCCCGGCGAGCCGCUGCCGCAAGUGCGCCGCCGCAUGGGCACCGCCUUCACCCUGCCCGAGACGCUGCUCAACCGAUUGCGCGGCAGCCAGGAGGAGCUGGUGUCGGCGCUGGAGCUCGAUUACGAGAUCCAGAGCAAGAUCACCACGGCCGCGCUCAAGCUGGCCAACGACGCCACCAUGAAGAAGGUGCGCAAGCAGCGCAAGCUCAGCUACCAGAUGUCGGCGCAGAAGCUGCGCGAGAUCGAGGCCAAGCUGAAGGCGGCGCGCGCCAAGCAGCUGCAGAAGCGGCAGAAGGCGCCGCGGCCCAGCAGCGACGGCGAGGACCACCACAGCGACGAGGACGAGAGCUCGGUGGCCUCGGCUGAGGGGGUCAGCCUAUCGCCGAUGAACGGCGCGCUGCCGCCGCGGCCGCCGCGCUCGCCGGAGCGGCCCGGGCCGCGGCCCGCCCGCCGACACCCGGCCUACCUGGCGGAGCCGCUGGAGGGUCCGGCCAACAGGGCGCGGGCCCAGUCGGCGCCCGGCUCGCCCAAGAAGAUGCCCAAGUCGCGCUCUGCUACGCUGCACGUGCCCUGCUCGCGGGAGCCGAGCCCGAACGCGCACGAUCUUAAUGGCGGAUACAUCCCCAGCUCGGUGUACACGCGCUCUUCCUAUCGGAGCAAGCAGUAUCCGACCCUCAGUCAAAGAGACACGCCGCCGCCGCCGCCGCCGCCGCGCGAGUACUGGUCGCCGGGUGGUAUGUACAGCGUGCCGCAGCGGCGGACGGCGCCGGCCGCCGCCGCCGCCGCCACCGCCGCCCUGCCGUCGCCCAUGCACCACCUGAGCGUGGACGAGCUGGACGGCAGCUUCGAGGCGGCGCCGGACGAGUCGGCGCGCUUCGGCAGCCUGGACCGGCGCCGCCACGUCUCGUCGGCCGGCCACCUGACGUUGGAGGCCCGCAGCAUGGACCGGCUGGACGGCGGGCCGGGUCGGCAGCCGGCACCGGCGCCGCGGCCGCCCUCGCCGCCUCCGGCCGACGCCACGCCGUCGCCGGCUGCGGUGGCGGCCGAGUCGCCGCGCAACCAGACGCUGAUCCAGCCGGGGACCUUCCAGCCGUACCGCGAGACAACCAAGCCGUUCGAGAUGUCCGACUUCUACAAGUACAGCACCAAGUUCCGGCGCCAGAGCCAGGGCAGCGGCGGCGAGAGUCCCAGCUCGAGCGGCAGCGGGCGCAGCGUGCCGCCGUCGCCGCUCAGCGGCCAGGCCACACCGCCGCCGGGCACCGCCUCGCCCGGCCAGCCGGGUUCGCACAACUCCAGCUUCCAGCUACCAGCCGACUCGGUGGCCGACGCCUUCCACACGGAGAUGCUGGCCUGGUACGAGGGCGGCCGGCCGGCCGAGCGCUCACUCGCGGAGUAG